CAACUUCCGGGGCUAUAGCAGCAGCAAUAUCUACUCAUGGAUCCAUCGGAACUCCUGCUGCUCUGGCUUUUGCUACUCCAGUAGCAAAGACUCCCAAUCCUAUUAUUCCUACUUUCAUUCAAAAAAACUUAUUUUUUAGCGUUAAUUUCAUAUAA